AUGGCUGCCACUGUACCUCCACAGCAGCCACAACCAACGAGUACUGCCCAGAAGCUAGCUCUUGUCAAUGAGCAAACAUGGCUAACAAUGGGCAACUUAGCUGAAAUGAUGACCGACUACGACAAAGCCAUCAACUGCUAUGAAUCUGCUUUGCGACAUAAUCCCUACUCUGUUGCUGCUCUUUCUCAGAUCGCGUCUCUUUGCCGGGGACGCGAACAAUUUGGCCGGGCUGUAGAUUUUUUCAAACGUAUUUUAGAUAUCCAAGAAAGCAAUGGCGAGACUUGGGCUGCACUUGGCCACUGUUAUUUGAUGAUGGACAACCUUCAAGAAGCCUAUCAAGCUUAUCAACAAGCACUUUAUCAUCUCUCUAAUCCAAAGGAUCCCAAACUGUGGUAUGGCAUUGGUAUUUUGUACGACCGGUACGGAUCCCUUGAACAUGCCGAAGAAGCCUUUUCGGCUGUGAUGAAAAUGGAUGGCAAGUUCGAAAAGGCCAACGAAAUUUACUUCCGUCUUGGUAUUAUAUAUAAGCAACAGCAAAAAUUUGAUCUUAGUUUACAGUGCUUCCGUUACAUUUUGCAUUCUCCCCCAAGACCUUUGACCGAGUCCGACAUUUGGUUCCAAACAGGACAUGUUUAUGAACAGCAAAAAGAGUACGAAUCAGCAAAGAAUGCCUAUGAACAUGUUCUAUCGGAAAAUCCAGAUCAUGCAAAGGUUUUACAACAACUUGGCUGGCUUUACCAUCAACAAAAUACUUCAUUCUGCAAUCAAUCUUUGGCUAUUCAGUAUCUAACCCGCUCACUCAAAGCUGACAGCAAUGAUGCCCAAUCAUGGUAUCUUUUGGGUCGAUGCUACAUGGCUGAGCAGAACUACAAUAAGGCUUAUGAAGCUUAUCAACAAGCUGUUUACCGGGAUGCCCGUAACCCCACUUUCUGGUGCUCUAUUGGUGUAUUGUAUUACCAGAUUAAUCAAUACCGAGACGCAUUGGAUGCUUACAGCAGAGCCAUUCGAUUAAACCCCUACAUCAGCGAGGUGUGGUAUGAUCUCGGAACACUUUAUGAGUCUUGCAACAACCAAAUACAAGAUGCCCUGGAUGCAUACCAAAGAGCUGCUGAAUUAGACCCUUCAAACCCCCAUAUCAAACAGCGUCUUGAACUUUUGCGUAAAUCUCAGUCAGUACAAUCUACACAAGGAGCUGGUAGUGCGCCUGUUCCUCAGGAUGUCAGUAACCCAAGCCAAUACCAAAAUGGUCCUGGUGCACAGCCCUUGAAUGGGCCUUCUUCAUACGGCCAGUCUGCUCCAUCCGGACCUCCAUCUAGCAUGUCUGCUUACCACACAGCAGCAAGUAAUUCCCAGUCUCGUGUUGAUGAUAGAGCACCCAUACCUCAGCUACCUAUUCAUGCUCAUUCCUCUCAUGAGCCCAUAUCGGGUCCUCCCCGCGAUUUGCCUAUGCCUGGUGGAGGUGGUGGAGGUGGUGGAGGAAGCAGUGGCCGACAUUCCCCUCGAUCCUAUCCAUACACACCUACUCGUGAUGAGCUGCGAAUUCCUGACAUCGGUGGUGGUGGACGUGCACCUACACCUACUGAGCGUUCUCAAAUGAACCCUAUUAUGCACGAAGAUAAUCGCCACGGCAGCGUUGGCCCUUCUCCUUCUCAGCCAAACCUUCCCCCUAUGUCAAUGCGCCAAUCUCCAUUCGUCAAAUCUGCGACACUCGAUCCUUCCACCCGAUCACCUAACCCUGAAGGUGGAAGAGCUGCACAGCUGGUUUCUCAGUCGCCUAACCCCCGUCCUCCCUCGCGAGGACCUCUUCACCUCCAAGGAUCUCAUUAUGAUGCCCCACAACACGCUUCCCCACGUUCUGGUCAUCAUGAAACUUAUGGAUCAGCGCAUUAUGAUCAUACAUUGCGACCUGCAAACUAUGACCACGAGAACGCUCCAUACCGUCCCCAAAGACCAUCAGAAAGUGGUCCCAUGUACGGCUCAAAGCAACAGCAAGCUCAACAACACGCACAUCAACAAGCUCAACAGCAGCAAGCACAGCAACAGGCACAGGCACAAGCACAGCAACAAGCACAGCAACAAGCACAGCAACAAGCACAGCAACAAGCACAGCAACAAGCACAGCAACAAGCACAGCAACAAGCACAGCAACAAGCACAACAGCAAGCACAGCAACAAGCACAGCAACAGGCACAACAACAGGCACAACAACAGGCACAUCAACAAGCACAGCAACAAGCACAACAACAAGCACAGCAACAGGCACAGCAACAGGCUCAACAGCAAGCACAGCAACAGGCUCAACAGCAGGCACAUCAGCAGGCUCAACAGCAGGCUCAACAACAAGCUCAACAGCAGGCUCAACAACAAGCUCAACAGCAAGCUCAACAGCAAGCUCAGCAACAGCAGGGAUCUUAUCAUUCUGAGUCUCAGCGUCAUCCUCCAGUUGUCAAAAAUGAAGAAUCUAGUAUUUACCGUAGCGUUCCUCGAAAGAUGCCCAUAGAUGAAGAAAGACGUAUGGAAGACCAUAGUCGAAUGGAAAGCCGUGCUCGGACGACAGAGUACCGUCCUUAUGGUGCUCCUAUUAUGGCAGACCCAAAGGUUGAAAAGAUGGAAUUCAAAAAAGAAGACAAGAGUCAAGAAAGUGACGGAGGAUUGGCACGGCAAGGAAUGGAUGAAGAUUUUGAUGAAUCUGCAGCUGAUGCACUUCUUAGUAUUGGUGGAUCUCGCCCAAUAGUCGCAGGCGAGAAGCGAUCGCAUGAGAAAGAAGGACCUGAAGAAGAAUCAAAGAAAACCAAACAAGCACACGAGGAAGAAGAACCUGAAAAUAUGGAUAAGGAUCAACAGGGAUCUUCUUCAGCAUUAGUUCCUGCUGCUGAUAAGACAGAGACCCCCUCGGUUCAACCGCAGGACCAGCAGCAGAUGGAGAGAGAUGACAAGCCAAGUCAGAUCGAGCCACAACUUUCGGAGGAAAGACCGUCUUCACCAGCCGACCACACUGCAGGUUCAGCAUAAGCAAGUGGUGAAGCCCUUUCCACACACCUCACACAAACACAAUUCCACUUAAACACUCAAUCACACACACACACACACACACACACAAAGUUCAAAAAACAAAACAAACCAAAAAAAAACAAAUUAUAUAAAAAUCACUUAUAUCAUCGC